UUGUUCAAAUCUUGUCCCGGCGUUAUAUCGCUGCAUCCAUCCUGCUCCCUGUCACCUUUAACUUCAAAGAAACCCGCCCCAUCCUGUCCUUAAAAUACCGAUUAUAGUGAGUGAGUGAAUAUGGGGCUAGUGCUGUCCGCUAUAAUUUCAUACGCCGGCAUUCUCGAAGCCAUCGAGUGUCUGCGCCACAUCCUGGCCGGCGUGCUGCCCGACACCGAUCCCGACUUCCAGGACCUCUUGGACUACUACACCGGCCUGCUCCACAAGGCAGCCAACACUGCCAACAGCAGCGACUGGACGACGAAAUGCGGACAGGGCUACCUCUGCCUCACACAAGAUGACAACGGAAAAUUAACGCGAGCUGCCGUCAAGUACUACGACGGUCAGCCUGAUUCCACAGCCAUACUUUUCUCAACUAAAAUCUCAAGCUUCGGCCAGGAGUCGGUCGAAAGCAACAGCUCCCACGCCAACGGCGACUACAGGACUGAAAGGUAUACACCGACGCGAACGAAAACUAUCAUUACUAACGCGUCAGAGUCGUUCAGUGUGGGAAACAGAAACAGAUCACCAGCAUCUUGUGAAAAUAUUUCAGAUCCAAAUCAUUUUUUGGGAAAUUCUUCCGGGCGUGACGAACGCUCCACAGAGAGAUCAGAGGCCAAAGAAAAACUCACUUGGCAUUACCGUCCUAAGAGCCCCACCCCACAAAACCUGCCCGAUAUACAAUUCCAUUCUUCAGUCGACGAAGAGAUCAGAAGCAACGAGGCCUACAGCGAAGAUUUUUUAAGAUCACUUGACGGAAUAAAGCUCCGACCGUUGCAACGAAGCGACCCGAGUGGCAGGCGUAGAAGUUUCAAAAAGCGUCACUCUUCGUCGUCGACCUCGUCGCGCGAUUCACGUGCGUCGCGCGAGGAGGAACUAAAGAUGUUCACGUCACUCGAGGAAGCUGAGUUCGAACGCAUGACAAUGGAACGCGAGAAGGGCUCUCCUAAUCUAGGUUCUCAUUCCAGAAGUCGCUCGAGGGAGAACUCUAAGGAUCGAUCUACCCAAGUGCACUCGGUAGACAGCAUGUUGGUCGAGGACGAGCCGCUGCUCAAGCCGAAGCUGAAAGACCUGCCCAAACUCGGCUCCUUUGAAGAGAAAGAGGAGAAAGAGACAGAGCUAAUUUUCAGUGGCGAAUACACCAAGGCGAUGAACAAGGACUGGCACAGCGGGCACUUCUGCUGCUGGCAGUGCGACGAGUCGCUGACCGGCCAACGCUACGUGCUGCGCGAUGAGCACCCCUACUGCAUCAAGUGUUACGAGAGCGUCUUCGCCAACGGCUGCGAGGAGUGCAACAAGACCAUCGGCAUCGACUCCAAGGACCUGUCGUACAAGGACAAGCACUGGCAUGAGGCGUGCUUCCUGUGCGCCAAGUGCCGCGUGUCGCUGGUGGACAAGCAGUUCGGCUCCAAGCUCGAUAAGAUCUACUGCGGCAACUGCUACGACGCGCAGUUCGCCAGCCGCUGCGAUGGCUGUGGCGAAGUGUUCCGCGCCGGAACCAAGAAGAUGGAGUACAAGACCCGACAGUGGCACGAGAAGUGCUUCUGCUGCGUGGUGUGCAAGAACCCCAUCGGCACCAAGAGCUUCAUCCCGCGCGAGCAGGAGAUCUACUGCGCCGGCUGCUACGAGGACAAGUUCGCCACCCGCUGCGUUAAGUGCAACAAGAUCAUCACGCAAGGCGGCGUGACGUACAAGAACGAGCCGUGGCACCGUGAGUGCUUCACGUGCACCAACUGCAACACGUCGCUGGCGGGCCAGCGGUUCACGUCGCGCGACGAGAAGCCCUACUGCGCCGAGUGCUUCGGCGAGCUGUUCGCCAAGCGCUGCACGUCGUGCUCCAAGCCCAUCACCGGCAUCGGCGGCACCCGCUUCAUCUCGUUCGAGGACCGCCACUGGCACAACGACUGCUUCAUCUGCGCGCAGUGCAAGACCUCGCUGGUCGGCAAGGGCUUCAUCACCGACGCCGCCGACAUCAUCUGCCCCGAGUGCGCCAAGCAGAAGCUCAUGUAAACACCCACCCAACGCCAAGUCGACUAACGAACGCCAACGUAGUAAACAAAAUUACGCGCUUUCAUUAAAAAAUAAAACAGCGUCGGUUUUGGUUCAAACUUCAAAAUUUGAAUGUGCUUUGAAAAUAAACGCGCUUUCAUUUGUGUCAUAUUUAACGGCACGCAAUUUCAUUCGCAAAUGCUUUUUUAUAAUAACAGCACGAUUUUAGUUUAGCCAAACUGAUUCGUGUUUUAAUUUGUGGUGCAGCGAAAAAACCGUACUGCCAGUAGUUGCAAGCGCGAAAGACUGGGUCGAGUCGGAGGGACGCGACCCGCCGAGAGACCUCUUCGACCUUGUCAACAUAACCAACUUCCGAAAGGGCAAAUUAGUCUGACCGAAGCGUUGCUAACCGAUAUUUUUAUACAAAAAUUUGAGAAAAAUAAAAAAAUAAAGUGGAUGCACAAAUGUAUGAGUAUUUAAUUUCGCUUUUCUACUGGUUUUGUUUAAGGUGUUUAUAUAUUUUGGCUGUAAGCUUCAGUUGUCACUAAUCCAGUGAUCCAUCCACGCCUAUUUAUUUAGGAUCGUUAUACAUAUGUAUUUAUACGCUAAUUGCCAUACAAUUUUGCUUUAGCUGUUGUAUUAGUCCCUUAGAUUUUAUUGUCAAUUUACCUAGUGCGAUUCACACGAUGCCUUAAUAACAUAUCUAAGUCAAUUUCGAGGGUAUAUAUGAUUUGUUGUAAAUGUAUUUCGACGAUAUAAUUUACAACAUGAUUAAGUCCGGGACGAGCGGACGUCAUCUAUCUAAGUAAGACAGUGCAAACAUAUCUUUGCUAGUAACAGAGAUGCUGCAGUAAAACAAUUCGCAGCGACGUUAGUUUGGUCACUAGCAAAGAUAGAUUUGCGCUAAAUCGGUAUAGAUCGCCAUGUUGUUAUGACGAUAGUUGACAGCUAUUGUAGAAACAUAAAAACAUCUUUUUAAAGUAUUAUUUAGCCUCCAAUAGCUUUCAAACCGUCAUCAAUUUGGAGUGAUAAGUGCUUGUUAUUGUUUAAAACUCGUAACAUAGGGUAAGAAUUGACAUUUUAAUGAUAUGUGUUAUACUUGUAAGUAUUUAUUGACCUAUACGGGAGUAGGUACGCAUGAUUCCGAGGGCGGCCGCGCGAGGCGGUCGCGCCGCGACGAGCGCUUCCUAACACUUACAUGACGUUUCGUCAUAGUUUUUACUAAUAAAAAAAUAAUAAAAUAUUUUUGUUCUCGAAUUAGAAUUACUCGUGUUACAAUAAUAUAAUUGAAUGUUAUCGCUAUUUUUACAAGGUAAUAUAAUAAAGUAGGGUAACAUCUGUGUUGAAUGAGACCACGAUCAGGGAUCACUUAUGGGUACUUGUUAAAGGAUAAAUUAUUAGAAUGUUGAAAAUAUAAAUUUAUAUUAAUGUGUACACUUUUAAACUGUUUAGCUGUGUGAUCUGAUCUAAUUUAAAUCUUUGUAUCUAUCUACUCAUAGAUUGUAUAAACUACGAAACUGAAUAAACCAUUAAAAGUA